AUGACAACAUCAACCAGCAAUGCAGAUGUUGUGAAUUCCUUAAGGAAAUUCAAUAUUGUCCUCCACUGUGUAAUAUUUGUGCUUGGUGUUGUUGGCAAUGGACUGGUCAUCUUUAUCACAGGCCUCAAAAUGAAAAGCACUGUCAAUACCAUCUGGUUUCUGAACCUGGCGGUAGCAGAUUUCCUAUUUACAUUAUUCCUGAUCUUUAAUAUAAUUUCUGAAUACCGUGAGUACGACUGGCCUUUUUUGGUAACUUUAUGUGCUUCUUCCCUACUGGUGACCAUGUUGAAUAUAUUUGCCAGCACCUUCCUGCUGUCAGCAAUCAGUCUGGACCGCUGCCUGUCCACCUGGGUGGUGGUGUGGUCCCGGACCAAACGAACUGUCCUGAAAGCGAGGAUAACUUGCUUGCUUAUUUGGUUAGUGUCAGUCGCUUGCAGUCUGCCUUUAGUCAUCUCUCGGAAAACAGAUUCCCGUUCUGCACAAAAAACGCUGUGCAUUCUUGACAUUAACGAACUCCAAACAUACAAGAGGAUGUCAGAGUUCCAUUUGGUGGUGGGUUUCCUCCUCCCGAUUGUCAUAAUCUCUGCUUCGUAUGUAGCGAUCGGAGUAGUUAAGCGUCUCCAGAAAAACAAUAAGAUAAAACCCUACCGUAUUAUCCUGGCAGUAAUCCUGGCCUUCUUCUUCUGCCGGCUUCCCUAUUAUGUUCACAAAUCCAUUGAGGUGUGGUGGCAUGAAAUGAAUGUGACAAACCCAUCGGACGAGCUGACCAGCUUCAAGGAUGUUUACGACUAGAUUGCGCUCUUCAUAAUCAGUAUUGCCUACUUGAACAGCUGUCUGAAUCCCUUCUUACAGAAAAAGCUCAAGCAGUCUUUAGUGAUGGUGUUUGAGAGUGCAUUCGCAGAGGAACAACUGUCUGUCCUCUC